CUUUAGUCCACAGCUGACGGCGUUUCCAGGGGUCCUAAGCAGGUCCACCUCAGUCAUUCGUUAUCAUUCGUUUUUGCGCGACGCUCGUUCCUUUGCUUUGUGUCAGGCCCUGGUUCCUAGACGGCCGGAAUCGCAAUGGUGCUUCCUUGGCUCCUCAGUCUGGGGUGCUAUCUCGGGUUUAUAACCUGCAAGACUCGCCCUGGGGUUUGGACUGAGAGACCAACCGUCAUUUCCACGGCUUCUGUCUCGCCCAUCAAAUCGUCGGCUACAGUCGCCGGGACUCCAGUUCCUGAUCCUGCUUCUUCUUCUUCUUCUUCUUCUUCAAUUGUUCAUUCGCUGACCACUUCUGCCACUUUGUCUUCUACUACGGUAUCUGCAUCCUCCACCCUUGCCACUUUGGGGAUUUCGGCUGGCACGUUGGUGGUCUCAUCUUCCAGUGCGUCUCCCAGCCCAACCAGCACCAUGGCUCUCAGCUUGAGCGCUGUGGCUUCGGCUUCGGCCUCUGUAGCCCCUUCGGCGGCGCCCAUCAGCGCGGGGUCGAUCGCGGCAAACAUCCUGGUGAUUGCGCGCGACACGGCCUCUGCUAAAGUGGCCUCGUCGGGGCUCAAUGCCAUCGGCAUCCCCUUCACCACCCUGGUGGUCCCGCAGUCGGGAGCCAGCUUGCCGGCCCUAAACGGCACGGAUGGAGGCAACUUCGGCGGCAUUGUGGUCGCCAGCGAAGUCAGCUACAACUACGGCAAUGCCACGGGCUACCAGAGCGCGUUGACGACCGACCAGUGGAACCAGCUGUACGCGUACCAGCUCGCAUAUGGCGUGCGCAUGGUGCAGUACGACGUGUAUCCGGGACCGAACUACGGCGCCAGUGCGGUGGGCACCGGAUGCUGUGCGACGGGGGUCGAGCAGCUGCUGUCCUUCUCGGACACCAGCGACUUCGCCACGGCUGGGCUGAAGACUGGGGCGGGCAUCAGCACCGAGGGCCUCUGGCACUACCCGGCCAGCAUCACCAACACGACCACGACCAAGGAGGUGGCGCGCUUCGCCGCCAACUCGGUCUCGACCAGCGACACCACCGCGGCCGUCAUCAACAACUUCGGCGGCCGCGAGCAGAUGGCCUUCUUCCUCUCCUUCGACACCAGCUGGAGUGCCACCUCCACCCUGCUGCAGCACGCCUGGAUCAGCUGGCUCACCCGGGGCCUGUACGCGGGCUACCGCCGCGUCAACCUCAACACGCAGAUCGACGACAUGUUCCUCGAGACGGACAUCUACAAGCCCAACGGCACGACGUUCCGGAUCACCCCCAACGACCUGCAGGGCAUCUCGACCUGGAUGACGACGAUCAACGGCCAGAUGAACGCGGGCAGCAGCUACUACGUCGAGGUGGGCCACAACGGCAACGGCAACAUCGAGACGGCCUCGUCGACGGAUGAGGGCUGGACGACGUGCGACGGCGGGGGCAUCGAGUACGAGUCGCCCGCGGACACGGCGCUGGAGUUCAAGAAGCCACUGGGGACGGGCACCAACCUGUGGCCGGCCAGCCCGACGACGUACAACUGGACGACGGCGUGCACGCAGAUGGACCCCCUCCUGGUGUGGUGGACGACGCCGGCCAACCUCAACCGGUUCGGGCACAUCUCGCACACGUUCACGCACGAGGAGCAGGACAACGCGACGUACUCGGACGUGUUCAAGGAGAUCUCGUUCAACCAGGCGUGGCUGAAGCAGGUGGGGAUCUCGGGGGCGACGCACUUCACGUCGAACGGGAUCAUCCCGCCGGCCAUCACGGGCUUGCACAACGGCGACGCGCUGCAGGCGUGGUGGGACAAUGGCAUCCGCAACUGCGUGGGCGACAACACGCGGCCGGUGCUCCUCAACCAGCAGAACGACAUGUGGCCCUACUUCACCACCGUCGCCUCGGACGGGUUCGCGGGCAUGCAGGUGAACCCGCGGUUCGCGACGCGCAUCUACUACAACUGCGACACCCCCGACUGCACCGUACAGGAGUGGAUCGACACCUCCGCCGGCAGCGGUGACUUCGACUCGCUGCUGGCCACCGAGAAGGGCGAGGUGAUGCGCCAUCUGUUCGGCCUGCAUCACGACCCCUACAUGUUCCACCAGGCCAACCUGCGCAACGCCGACACCACCCCUAUCACCGUCAACGGCGUCACGGCCCAGUACUCCAUCUUCCAGGCCUGGGUGGAGACUCAGGUCCAGGAGUUUGUGCGCCUGGUCGACUGGCCCCUGGUGACCAUCAACCACCAGACGAUGUCCGACUCCUUCCUCGCCCGCUACACCCGCGACGCAUGCCAGUACUCGCUGCGCCACACCAUCUCCAACAGCCAGAUCACCGGCGUCACGCUGUCCGCCAACGGCAACACCUGCAGCACCCCCAUCCCGGUGACCUUCCCCGUGGCGCCGACCAGCACGCAGGGCUUCACGACGGAGCAGCUGGGCAGCGACCCCUUGACGGUGUGGGUGACGCUCUCUGGCUCGCCGGUGACCUUUACCCUCUCGACCCCGAUUGCGCUGUAAAUGAAUGGAAUUCGGGUCAGGUCAGGGACGGACGGGCUCGUAAUUCUGGAUUUGGACAUAAUAACGUGUAAUAGAUAGUACAGUACUAUAACUACUAAGGAAAU